UUAAUAUAAACAUUUCCUUUCUUUGUACAUUAAAACAUGUUGACCUCGGAAAUAGCUUUUAUUUUCAAUUCGAGGUUCAAGUUGUUUUGCGGUCAAACGCAGAGGCAGUGUGCGCUAGCCGGCUAGCUUAGUGGAGGCUCAGGGAUAUAAAGAGAUAAAGCUGCAUUCAGUUACACGGCUUCUGCUCUGAGCUCCUGCAACCUCUGACAUGAAUGAGUCUGUCUAAAGGACAGCUGACCAGAUGGACCACAUGAACAAAAUAUAAUUCACACUUCAGCUUCUUUUUUUUAAAAAUGUGUGCAUUUGAUCAAAUUUGACCCACUGAACACAGAGAGAAAGACGACACAUAAUAGUUAAUGACAGGGGACCACGGCUAAAGUAUUACUUGUAGGGGCCUUUCCAGAAUCCCUGGCUAUGAAUGUUCAAACAAACAAAUUGUAACUUUUAAUAGAAAAUAUGAAAUGCAGCUGUCGCAGAAAAAUAAAAUUGUUAUUAAAAUAAUUCUGUGCAUAUUUGUUUGUACUUUAGUUGGACUAAAAUAAUCAACCAUGCUUCUUUUUGUAGAGCAAUUUAUUCAUCAACAAAAUAUGACAGAAAAUACUAAAGAAUACACCCAUUGGAUGUUUUUCAAUGAGCAACAAUCGCAGCAAGUGAUCUUUUCCAAUUGUUUUACAGUCUAUUAAUCAGCAGGUUCAGUGCCACGAAGGUAAUGAUUUGAAGGCGGCUUCAGUUAAACUCUGAAGCAGCUGCUCAAAUAACUGACAACCAUUGCCGUAGCACAUUGCGAAUUCUGUCAGUACCAAUCUUCUCUCCAUGAUAAACUAUUUGAAUGCGAUUCCAGUGUGGAAAAUUGACGCAUUGCGUGUCAAAGCCAAUGUCUGUUGUUUUUGUAUGUUUUUAUCUUCACUUCUUAAUGCAUCCCUCUAGUCCCUGGAGAAUAGUGGAUGACUGUGGAGGCGCUUUCACCAUGGGUGUCAUUGGAGGAGGGGUGUUCCAGGCGAUCAAGGGCUUUCGUAACGCCCCGGCAGGUGUCGGACACAGACUGAGAGGAAGCGCAAAUGCAGUGCGAAUGAGAGCUCCUCAGAUCGGAGGUAGCUUCGCUGUGUGGGGGGGGCUCUUCUCCACCAUCGACUGCGGGUUAGUUCGCUUGAGAGGGAAAGAGGAUCCUUGGAACUCUAUAACAAGUGGAGCACUUACUGGGGCCAUCCUGGCAGCACGCAGUGGGCCGUUAACUAUGAUGGGCUCUGCCAUGAUGGGCGGGAUUCUGCUCGCUCUAAUUGAGGGAUUUGGGAUCCUCCUGACCAGAUAUACAGCAAAGCAGUUCCAGAACUCUAUUCCAUUCGCAGAAGAUCCCAGUCAGCUGCCUCCGAAGGAUGGAGGUCAGCAGCAGCAGCCUCGGGGGGCAGAGGGGGGGUUUCAGUAGAGCAUCCGGGACCAGCUGUGGACACAGAGAGUCAAACCAGAGAGAUGGGAGGACCCGGAUGUGGAGAUGUUGGUCUCCACGGUGGUUGUCAAGAGUAGUUGCACUAUGCACGUAUUACCUCAGGGGCAAAAUACUGUGAGUUUAUUUAUUUCUGUGUAUUUUCUGAAGUGAAUGCUUGUAACAAACCUCAUGUUUGCAUUGCAACAUUUUCUGAAGAGUUAAAUGUGAAAUUCUGAAAUGUGGAUGAGAAUUAAUUGUAUUUCUUAACAUGUAGGUGGCAGCUGUAUUUAAAAAAAAUAGUUUGACAUUUUGUGAAUUACAAUGAUUUGCUUUGAUGCAGAGAGUAAGAUAAGAAGAUUCUCUCUUUCACGUCCCUUUAGGUUUUUAACCAGGUGCGCUGACUUGCUGCAGUCUUGAGUGUGCAUCUCUCUUUUUAUGUAAUCCUGAGCAAGAAACCAAAUUUCACAAGAUAAUACAACUAUCCCUGUAGGCUUUCAAAUAUAUGUGCACAGAUUUGUAAGUAAUUUGUUUAUGACUGCGAGGAGGAAAGGUAGAGCAACACGACAAACGAGGCGUCAGUGAGGUUUUAAUCUCAGAGGCGUGUGUUCUGGCAACCUGAAGUCUUAAAUGAUGUGUCUUCUGUGACAAUCAAUGCAAUGAACAGAAAAUGUGUUUAUAUAAUGUGUGCACUCAAGAUGUGUCUCAGCUCAACGAAAAUCUAAUGCCACCCUUUGUUUGCAUUAUCACUUAAUAUGGUUUUGCCUCACCGGGCAGCUAUUACUGUCAAUCUUUGUUGGGUCGUUAUUAACUAUUAGAAGGGUGAGAAAUAUGGAUGAGUUCCCAAAGAAACGAUGGCUUGAAUUACUUGCACCGCACUUUGAUCGCUGCAUUAUCCAUCAAGCAACCAAGCACUUUUUCUUAAAGCAUAUCCCACAGGACGGCAGUUGGUUGUGUGUUUUACAGUCAAACUGUGUAUAGAAAGGAUGUUUAGUAUUGUCAGUAUUGUUCAUCUUGCAAAAGCGGAUGAAAGAAAAACAAAUAAUAAAGGCAUCAAAUGUUCUUUAA